AUGUCUGAUAUCGUUGUCCCUGGCUUCAAGAGCUCCGAGCUUAUUGCUGAAUUGAACAAGGUCUUUGAUGGCUACAGCGCUGAAGAGCGUGCCAAGCUCAUCAAGCAGGUCAAUGGUGUCUUCCAGUUCGUCAUCAAGAACUCCGAAGGCAAGGAGGAGACCUUUACUAUCGAUGUCAAGAAGGAAGGCAAGGUCACCCGCGGCAAGGGUGCCGUCAAGGCUGAUGCCAUCCUCUCUCUCAAGGAUGAUGACUUUGUCCAACUCGCUACUGGCAAGCUUAAUGGUCAAAAGGCAUACAUGAGUGGCAAGCUCAAGGUGAAGGGUCAAAUCAUGCUGGCCAUGAAGCUCGACAAUGUCUUCAAGAGCAUCAACCCCAAAGCCAAGUUGUAA